CCCAUCCUUCUUCCUCAUCCCAAAUCCCGCGCUCACCUCUCUCCUGCCCCCUCUCGCCGGCGACACCUAGCCCCUCCAACCAGCCUCCCGAUGGCCCGCACGAAGCAGACGGCGAGGAAGUCGACGGGUGGCAAGGCCCCGCGGAAGCAGCUGGCGACCAAGGCGGCGCGCAAGUCGGCCCCGGCGACGGGCGGCGUGAAGAAGCCGCACCGCUUCAGGCCCGGCACCGUCGCGCUGCGCGAGAUCCGCAAGUACCAGAAGAGCACGGAGCUGCUCAUCCGCAAGCUGCCCUUCCAGCGCCUCGUGCGGGAGAUCGCGCAGGACUUCAAGACCGACCUGCGGUUCCAGAGCUCCGCCGUCUCCGCGCUGCAGGAGGCCGCCGAGGCGUACCUCGUGGGGCUGUUUGAGGACACCAACCUCUGCGCCAUCCACGCCAAGCGCGUCACCAUCAUGCCCAAGGAUAUCCAGCUCGCGCGCCGCAUCAGGGGCGAGAGGGCAUAGAUAGCGCGGCUUGAGGCGCUCCUUUUCCCUAGCGUCGGAUCCGGAGGUGUAGGGAUGUGGUAGUGGUUUUUUCUUGUUGGCCUGUCGUGCGUGGUAGUAGUAUGAUUUCCUAGUUUCUGCUGGUGUAACCAUCUUGUUACCAUCAUAUCAAUGAGAAAAUCUGUUCUUCCAA